GCCGCAGUCUACAGAGGUACAGAUACUACGGGGCAGGCUGGCGAGGCUGGCACUGUGUAGUGGAAUCCCAGGAAGGAAAGCCGUUGUGUGGGAGAGGGUGACAGGUCACAGCUCGGGGGUGGUAGGCACCGCUGUUCAGGACGAGGAGGGGGCACACCGUGACGUCACGGGCUCAGCACACGGAAAGUUGCGCCGAGCUCUGGCACUGUUUAAAUAAGGAGGUAGCGGGCACUGACACAAUAAAUAAUCCACAUCUAUUACCAUCCAGCCCUGUACCCGCCGAGGGAGGGAGAGAGGGAGGAAGGGAGGGCAGCGGCAUCACACAUUCCUCCCAGAGAACAGGAGGGAGAAGCAGCGCAGCCUCCGCAAUAAGCAGCAGCAGCAGCAGCACAUGAAGAAGAGGGAGCAGCAGCUGCAGCAGCGGACUGUGCCCGGCUCUGCCCUUCCCUCACCACUGGAUCAUUGCAUCGGAAUGAGCUCUGCCAGCUGAAGCCGUCCACCCAGCCAGGAGUGCUACCCCUGCCCAGUGCCAGCGCCUCUGCAGAGCAACACGUAAGGGGAGAGAGAGCCUGCUGCCGCCUAGGACAAGUUACCUUACACGGGACCUGCGGGGACAUGGGCACGAUCUGACCGGGGGCAGGGGGAAUUGAUGGCUCCCAUCUAUUGCGCAGUCGUGCCCAGUCUCCCGCCGCCGGCCAACUCCGAGGAGCAGAAAGCUGAUUCAUGGAGGGGGUCCGUGCUGCCAGCCCUGGAGCAGAGCAUGGUGCCUGAGACUUUCCUGUGAGCUCCGGAGCCCUUCAUGCUUCGUUCUUCUGGGGAUUCGCUGUGUUACUUUGUGGGGAUUCUCUGACUUGGGAAGCGACAUGCAGCUCCUGAAGGCUUUAUGGGCACUAGCAGGGGCGGCCAUCUGCUGUUUGCUUCUAUUUCUUAUCCACUCUCAGUUGCUUAAAGAAGGUCAACUGGCUGCAGGUACGUGUGAGGUUGUUACAUAUGACAGAGACAGCAGUCAGCCCCGAAGGACCAUAGCCCGACAAACUGCUCGCUGUGCAUGUAGAAAAGGACAGAUUGCCGGCACAACAAGAGCAAGGCCAGCCUGCGUAGAUGCACGUAUUAUAAGAACGAAACAGUGGUGUGAUAUGCUUCCAUGUUUAGAAGGGGAAGGCUGCGAUUUAUUAAUCAAUAAGUCAGGUUGGACCUGUACACAGCCAGGAGGGCGAAUAAAGACCACUACGAAAACUGAUACCGAUUCACAAACUUGGAAAACACUGCAGUUUUUGAGGACAGCAUUUUGAGCCAAAGCCAGGAGUUUAUUCAAAAGAAAUGUCUCCUGACAAAUGCAACAACCAUACCCUGAAAAAGGAGUUCAGGCUUGUGAGAGCUAUGUACUUUAGACAAAUUCACUGCUGUGGAUCCUCAUCUUGUUUGUCAUCAACUCUGUUCCCUGGUAUCUCAUAAAAGACGGCCUAACUUCUCUACAUUAUGAGCUAAACUUUGUCCUUCCAUGUAAAGGAUCACUGGCAACAAGAACACUGUAUGUUGAUAUGAGAUAUGCUUGGAUAUUAGCAAUACAUAUCAUGGUUAACAUUUCAUCUACCAUAUGUGUAAACUGCUAGACUGGAUGAUACCAACUUCUCUGAGUAUUCUUCCCCUUAUCAGCCUUAGAAAGAAGACUGUUUUGUCUACAAGAUGACUAAUGUGCAAAAGAGAGUGACUCCUUGUGCCCUGGACUAUCCGAAUCGCUUUUAUUUUCUUAUAUGUUGGAUAUAAAUACAAUAGACCAAAGAGUAAAGCCUAUGUGAAAAAGGACACCAACCUAAUACCAUCAAGCAUAUUGGGUUUUAAAUGUAAAGGUUGAACAUGAAUGCUUCUUAUGAUUUAUCAAAAAGACAUGUUUUCAGCCUUUCCAACUCUGGAGUUUUGCUAUGUAUUGGACAUCAGUAUGGACAACUGCAGCGAAAUGGAUGCAGAAAUAGCUCUUCACAUGAACAUCUAAAGAACCCAAUGGAGCAUGGAGAAAACAGUAACAGCCUAUGUUUUAAACCACAUUUCACAAAACAGAAACUGUCCUAAUGAUAUCUUUAUUCCUCUGUACUUAGAAUGACAUUCCCAUACUAAACUCAUUUUCAGUUUUAACCAGUAAAAUAUGCCUCUUCUACAAUUCCAUUUUGAUAGUUGAAAUUGGAUAAAACGGUAUUUGCAAAAGAGCAUGUUUGGUCACCUGUGGCCCCAUUCAGUACACCAUUUAGCACCAGAAAGAAAAUUAAAGAAAAAAAGUGACACUUGUUUGAAAGAGAUCAUUAAAUGUAUUUUGAAAAGCCUAAAGUUAUAUAUUUAACAGUUUUUAUAUGUUGUAUAUUUGUAGAAAAUCCUAUUUAACAAUUAACGUGGUAACUCUGCAAUGGAAACAAAUGUCAGAGUUCUGUUGUGUUUAUUACUUCAGUUGUCUCUGAAGUCACCAGUGUAGUUUUGCUUUCUUCCAUUGGGACGUUUUGGAUGUAAAGCAUGAGCAGAGAGGACUCUGUAGAAAAAGCAAAGAAUUAUGUUUAUAUAAUAUAAAUGCAUUCAACCAUUGCACUGUUGGAAGGCAUUUUUUUUUUGGUCUUUGCGUACUGGUAAAAGUAGUCAAAAAUAUAUCUACAUUGCUUUUCCAAGUUACUUUCAACCCUUCUUAAGGAUGCACAUAUGCUACAGUUUAUCAUGAUAUGUAUGAAGAGUACAUAUAGUCAUAUUGUUUAUGCAGACAUGAAUUCUAUUUAUCAUUGUAGACCAUGGCUAUGUGUACCUUAAUUGAUAUUACCCAUGUUCUGUACAAGAUUUACCUCAUCUUUAGAAAUCUAUUUUUAUUCUUCAGUUUCAUGAAGCAGGCAGUUAAAAUGAAAUUGUGUGGAAUUUAAGUCAAUUCAAUUUACACUCAAAUAUUUUAUUUUUUUUAAUUUUAUUUUCAUUUUUUUUCAUCAGAGAAGCUAGCAUCUUGCAAAUUAGUCUACUGUCUUCCUGGCAGACUUUUUUUUUUUUGCUUUUAGCUAUUUACUUUACUUAUGUUACAAUUGUCUGGACAGAAGCAUUGAAAACUACCACAUUUAACUCUUUACUUUCAUGUUUGUCUAGCUCUAGUGUACUAAACUAAAUGCAAUGUAAAUUGCAGUUUUAAGUCAGAACUUUGCUAUGGUCAAAAAUGAUCUUGGAGGAAAUAGAAAUGGUAGCGACACAGUUUUGGAUAUUGAAUGGUUUUGGAUGGAUUAAAGGUUUCCAAUUAUUUUAUUGUAGGGCUGCUGUUACAAUUGUUUAAGUUAUCAUGAGAUUAAAUAUAUUUUGGCAUAAUCACUUUUUGUUCCCUUUCGUUUGACUAAUAUGAGUUAUUUUGGCAGUUUGCCCAGUGUUUUUGACAGACACCAUUUCAUAAUGUUAGGUAAAAGAAUGGUCAAUAAAUGGUGGUCUCCAAUUGAACUCACGUGAUUCUUUUAAUCAUGUUUCCAACUCAUUGCAUUAACUCCUUCACCUCACAGAGUUAGUCAUCCGCAUUUGUUGAGCUAAUAUUUUAUUUAGAAAAAAUCUCAUCUCUUUGAAUUCAUAUCCCUCAAGUGAUCACAUGGUGUCCAUACAAAGUAAUGGAAAUAACCGUUCUGCUAAGUUCUGAUACAAAUUCUGAAAGUAUGAAAGCUCUUGUAACAACAGAGAGCCAGCUUUUAUUAAAUGUUGAAAAGAUCAAAGCAUAGGCUUUCCAAUUGCUAUUCCUUUUCGCACUACAUAUAAUUUUAUCUGUUUAAUAAAGUUUAUUUUACUUUUUGACACUGCUAAAUUGUAUGUCGGCAAGGACUGCAAGUUGUUUUUCAUGUCUUCAUCAAUUGUGGGAUAUAAAUGUCUAAAAUAAUAUUCCUAGAAUACUCCAUAUAACAUAUGCAGUAUCUAAAUUAAAUUCACGUGUGACAAACUCCACACAUUAAUUUUGUAGCUAAUAUUGAGCCUUUUCUUUUUUUGCUAGACUUUAAACUCAGGGAUGAAGGGGUUAAUGUAAAUACAAUGGAGCAAAGUAGUUAUAUUUUAUGCACUCAAAACAGCUGAAGGUGUUCCAUUUUUAUUGCUUUAAAAUAUUUGCUGUUGUAUUGGUAUAGCUAAAUUAUAAAAAAAAAAAAAAUAUUAAGAUAAGUCUUUUUAUGAAGCCUUUUGUUCACUAAAACACCCUGUGAGUAGUGUCAUUUAUACAGAGAGCUGCUUUUUUCUGAAGAUGUGUAGCUGUCUUUCUCGGUGCCAUUUGUUUUAAGAAGGGAAUUGACAGAUGGAACUACAACAUUAACAGAAUUAUGCACCGUUGUGAUUUUAAAACAUAUGUUUUACCACAAUUUUAUUUUUAGGUCCAAAAUUGUAGUCUGAUUAAUUUUGUUAUAUAUCUUUAUAAGGGUCUAAGGUCUUUUUAUUAUUACAAAGCUGGAUUCUGUCACCAGCAUCACCUGAACUAACCUGCUUGUACAGGGUAAUAGUGCGAGUGAUGCUGAUUCACAUGCUGCUUACCCUUUUUUUCUAUGUGGCCUUGUUCCUUAGUUAUGUCUGAAGAUCCAAAUAUGCAAAUUAAGUGUUCUGGUGCCCUGGGGGUGUUCUCUUUCCCAUGGUGCACUCUUCUACCUGCCUGCCUCCUGUCACAUGAU